UAAAAUAUGUAAAGGAGACACACCUAUUCAGCAGUCAGUGAAAUACAAUUCACUCCAUCGGUUACACCCCAAUCAGCCGGUUAAGCCACACAGUAAAGUACUCUUCAUCUCCUGAAAUUUCCGAUUUUGAGAGAAUGGCUGCUAAGGACACAUACAAUGUAAGAGGCACUGUCAAACCAAGUCCUGGUUUUAAUGCUUAUCACGAUGCAGAAAAUCUUCGAAAUUCCAUGAAAGGACUAGGAACUGAUGAAGAUGUCAUUAUUGAUCUUUUGUCAAGUAGAACUAAUUUUCAACGGCAGCAGAUCAUUAAAUCCUUCAAAUCAUCUUAUGAUCAGAACCUAAUUGAUGAAUUGAAAUCGGAGCUCGGAGGGAAUUUUGAAUCUGUGGUUGAGGGAUUGAUGUUGACUCCUGCAAAGUUUGAUGCACAACAACUAAGCUAUGCAAUGGAGGGUGCUGGAACCGAUGAACACAUCCUCUUGGAAAUUUUAGCUACAAGGACAAACAAACACAUUUAUGAACUUGCUGAAGCCUACCAAACAGAGAAUGCAGUGAGUUUAAAGGAAUCUAUCCAGUGUGAGAAUGCUGGUGACUUUGAAAAUCUUCUUCUGGCCCUGCUGAAGGGGAAACGAGAUGAAAGUAUCGUUGUGGAUACAAAUCUUGCAAAGGUUGAUGCUCAGGAGUUGUUUGCCGCAGGAGAGGACAAGUGGGGGACUGAUGAGACAAAAUUCAUUAAGGUCUUCUGCAGGCGGAGCUUUGCUCAUCUACGAAAAGUUUUUGAAGAAUAUUUUCAAAUAACUAACAAAGAUGUUGAAGACAGCAUUAAGGAAGAGAUGUCCGGAACAUUUCAGAUGGGAAUGUUGGCGCUAGUUCAAUUUGCGAAGAAUCAAGCUGGCUAUUUUGCAAAUGAGCUUCACCAAGCUAUGUCGGGUGCUGGCACAGAUGACAAAGGCCUCAUUCGAAUCGUAAUCUCUCGGAGUGAAAUAGACAUGAUGGAUAUCAAAAUUGAAUUUUUAAAACUUUGUGGAAAAUCGUUAUUUUCAUACAUUGAGGAUGACGUGGGAGGUGAUUACCGGAAGAUCUUGCUGCGAGUCUGUGGACAGGACGAAGAUGAAUGAAGUAGAUUGGCUGCUUUACAAUUAGGCCAUGACUUUAGAAUAUGGUGCAUUAUCCACACAGUUUCAUUCGCAAUUUAUUUAUGUUCUGUGUGACGAAGGUGAUGAUAACAGUUUGUAAUUUGCAGGUCCUUCAACAGAUUAAAUGCAGAGUUGGAUUCCGAUAUUUAUAACCAGUUUGCCAAUACAUUUCAUGUGCGAGUCAAUUUUACCAAAAAGUCCAAAUACGCAAUACAUAUUUGUUAUUUUCCAACCUCUCUGCUUUGUAAUCUUUGUAUUAAAAAUUCAGCCUAAACAAAAAACAUUCUUGUACAAGAGAAAAGAAACAGCAAUCUGUCAACAUUAAACAAAGGGAUAAAUGUAAAAUUAAAUGUCUGUAUUUCUUGACCUGAUGGUCAUUAGUGCUCAGCAUGUUGAAUAUUGUGUUUGCAUUUACUAUUUAAUAGCUUCUGGUAAAUAGUGGGUCAAAUGUCAUGGCCUGUCUUUCAAAAAUAAAAUAUUUGACUGCUUCCACCU